UUCUCUUUAGUAUUCAUACUCCAUCCCAGUAGGUGGCGGAAAUUCACCAAAAGCUGGUUUGCCAACCGCCAUUAAACGUAAAAGAAAAAUAAGAACGCGGAAGUUGUUCGUUCAAAAUAAAACUGGUGUGUUCCCCAGAGAAGCUGUGUUGGGACUUUCCCUGACCGGAAUGGAGGGUCACGGUAUCCUAAAAGCCUUCCCGAAAGUAAAAAGAAGAAGGCCAGAUGAGGCAAAGGACGCACCUUCUCCUAAGAGGGCACCUGCUGAACCAAUAACAGAUACAAUUUUUAAGGGAGCCACAGUUUACAUAGUCCCUGCUGGUAUAGGGAAAACCAGAUGUGACAUAUUUCAUCGACAGAUCAUCCAAAAUGGAGGACAGUCAGUGUCCAUAUUCUCUCCCAGUUGCACACACGUGGUGGUAGACGAUUCUGUCGAUUGUAAAAGAGCUUUGAGGCUUUUAAAAGUGGAAAAGAUGCCCCCUGAUGUUCAGCUGGUGAAAUGCACUUGGUUGAGUGCCUGCAUCAGUGAAAAAAGAUUAUUAGAGUCUGAAGACUACAGUCUCCUUCUUAAGAGUCUCCCAACUGCUCCUGCUCUGGAGUCAGAAGAGACCGAGAUUGCACAAGUGUUGGAGGAAGCACCACAGGAUCCUUUGGUUCCAACUCAAGUGGAUAUUACAGAGAGGGUGGCUGACAUUCAGGAAGACCACAAUGAGGAAGAUGGGGUGUCUCAGAAGGACCUGGAAGCUUUGAUCAGUGGCAUUCACCCAUCUGAUAGCAACGAAAGCCAGAGUUUGUCAGAGCAACCAGUUUUGUCUGAAAAGUGGGUUUGUGGCCAGCCAUCCACAAGUAAAGGGGAGAACCAUAACAAGCACAUUACUGACAAACUGGAGCCACUGGCUAAAGCCUAUACACACACAGGCGAUAAAUGGAGAGCUCUGGGCUACUCUAAAGCAAUUAAUGCUCUUAAGAGCUAUAGUAAGCCCAUAACUACAUACGAGGAAGCAUGUAAGAUUCCAGGCAUUGGGAAACGCAUGGCAGACAAGAUUAAGGAAAUCAUGGAAAGUGGGCACCUGCGCAAACUGGACCACAUCGGGGAGGAAGUGCCUGUUCUUGAAAUGUUCACUAAUAUUUGGGGUGCAGGAGCAAAGACUGCUCAGAUGUGGUAUCAGCAGGGUUUUCGCACAUUAAAGGACAUCCGUACUAAGGCAGUUUUGAAUCAAACACUAAGGAUCGGACUAAAACACUAUGAUGAUCUCCUUGAGCGGAUGCCGAGGAGUGAAGCAGCAGCUAUUGAAAAAACGGUAAAGGAGGCAGCCCACAAUGUGGAUGAACAGCUGGUGGUUUUUGCGUGUGGUUCAUACCGCAGGGGGAAGACCACGUGUGGAGAUGUAGAUGUUCUUAUCACUCAUCCUGAUGGAGAAUCACACAAGGGAGUUUUCAGCAAGCUGUUGCAUCUUCUUCAUCAGACUGGUUUUCUGACUGAUGACCUUGUUAGCCAUGAGGAGAAUGGUGAGCAAAAGAAGUACAUGGGUAUCUGUCGGCUUCCUGGCCCUUUACAGCGCCACAGGCGCUUGGACAUCAUUGUGGUGCCCUAUGCUGAGUUUGCAUGUGCUCUUCUGUACUUUACUGGCUCUGCCCACUUCAACCGAUCAAUGAGAGCAUUGGCUAAGACCAAGGGCAUGAGCCUCUCUGAGCACUCACUGAACUGUCACGUUGUGCGGCAACGUGGUGUGAAGCUGGUGGCGGGUACACCAUUGCACACUCCAACAGAGAAAGAUGUUUUCAAACAACUUGGCGUACCCUACAGAGAACCACAUGAGCGAGACUGGUGAUGAUGCUGAAUUCAGAUGAAUUAAAUUUGACUGCUGAUUUUAACAAAAUGCAUCAUGCACUGAUUUUGUCUAUAUACAAAUCUUAUCAUGAAUGAAUGUUCUUAAAGGAUUGAUUAGAUUUUUCAUUAAAGUUUGUGUAAAGUCAUUUUUGAGAACUGUUUCUACAUUAUAAAUGUUAGAAAUGUAUUGCUGAAACACGUCACAAAGCCUGUGAACUAUGUAGUACUGAAUUGUGGAGUUACAAAUAUGCAUUCAGGUUGUAGUGUAUUUAAAAGUUGAGAGAGAUGGCAGACAAAGAGCAUAAAACCAAAGAGGCGAAACAUGCUUUUCUGAGUCAUUUGGUGGCAUUGUAAGAUAAAAAAUAUAGGAAUGUAUUACUUGGUCACAACCCCAUAUGCUGAUAGUGAUCAAAGACUAUUGUCACAGCUGUUUAUCCAAUACAGUGGGGGUUAAAGGUGGUGUUCUGAUUGGUCAGUUUGAAUGUAUUAUGUUGGUUUUGGUCAAGUACAUUGGGGGUUAAAGGUGAUCUUCUGAUUGGUCAAUUUGAAUGUAUCAAGUUAGGUUUAGACACAUGGUCAAGGGAAAGAGGAUAUAGGUCAAGUUUUUUAUGAGCUCUGGGCUUUGGCUUUUGCAUUGGCCUUUUCCCUUUCCUUUCUUCUUCACUGGGGUUCAGGCCAUUAGGCCUAGGUGCCAGUUCUCUUUCUUCUAAACUUUCUUUCUUUCUCUGUUCUCUAUCUUAUCAGGUAAUAUCUCACAUACAUUGGAAACAGUCAAUUGUUUGUAUUAUUAUUUACCAUUUCAUAUAUUUAUAGUGUAACCAUUUCAACUGUAACUUUAAGUCAGUACUGUUAUUAAACCUUUUCAUUU